AUGUGGGCUUUGUACAACGAACGCCGACUUCGACACAGUAGCAUGCCUUUUGGUCUGUCCAUCCGAGCUUUUGUUCUAUGGCGUCGUAAACAUGUCGACAGGUUUCGUCGCUCAACGUUGUCACCACCGUCUCCGGAAAUGCAAUACGUGGAUCCGCCCGCGCAACAGAUGAUGAAUAUGAUGACUGGAUAUGGCUGUGGCUAUGGCCGCGGUGAUACCAUAUCACCAGCAUCGGAUCUAUCGUCGUGUAGCAGUGCAUCAUCAGGAGCGUGGUGCGCGCCUCCUGCGUGGCGUGAGCUGCCUCCCUACCCACCCCAGUAUCCAGCAUACUGGCCACCGACACCUGCUGCUGCUGAAGAAGCUCGGGAACUUCAGCGGCGUUGUGCAAAGUGCCGCUGCCCUAAUUGUCUAACUGAAGCUGCUGGAUUUGGUCCUAAUUACGGCAAGGAUGGCGCUAAACGUGAACAUGUGUGCCACGUCCCUGGCUGUGGAAAAGUUUAUGGAAAAACAUCACAUCUAAAAGCUCAUCUACGCUGGCAUACAGGAGAACGACCGUUCGUGUGUAACUGGCUCUUCUGUGGUAAGCGUUUCACACGAUCGGAUGAACUGCAGCGACAUUUGAGGACACAUACAGGAGAGAAGAGAUUCGCUUGCCAACUCUGCACAAAACGUUUCAUGCGGUCCGAUCAUCUUGCUAAACAUGUGAAAACUCAUGCCAAUGUAUCGAGAAAAAACAAAAAAUCAAAGGACGACGAGAAAGAAGAAACACCGUCUCGUACAAGUGACAAUUCGGAGCGUGUAUCUGAGGUGCAAACGAUGGCGCCGGCGCCAGCCGUUGGCAGCACGAGCUAUGGAACGGUCCCUUCUACGAGUAUACCUGUUGCAAGUGCACCAAAACAAAUGUCUAUAAAUUAUGGAGCGGUUGCUCCAAAUAUGGUAUCGACUACACCUAAUUACAACAGUGGCGCAGUGUUCGGUAGUGGGAUGAUGUCCGGCUGGUAUCCUGAAAUGAGGCAAGAUGCCUUAUAUCCGCGUCCUAGUGUUCGCGACCACCGAAUGUACCAACAGUACCCCACUUCGAUAGCCACGUACCAGUGCGCCGCUAAAGAAAAUUACGCGAUGUUUCAAGGACACUAUAAUUUACAACCACCAGUGGCUUUAGGACAAUAA